AGACAUUGAGCCGGCUUUGGAACUCCAACUUUAAAUACAUUAAAUAUUCUUCAAAAGAGUCGACCAUUGUGCAUUAAAUGCACCCUCACAGCCGGUUGCAAAGUUGGAGCUGGCUUUGCAUCUUUUCUCCGCGCGUGCCAAACAACGGUCUUCAAAUUUUUGCCUGUAGAGCCAGCUGCAGCUCCCAAAGCCGACUCUCUGCACUUCCAUUUCACCAUAGCCGGCUGCAGCUUUUAAGAGCCGGCUCUCUGCAAAUAUUCAAGCCUUUCUGGUACAACAACUCCUCUAGUUUGGGCCAUAAGAAGUCGACCUUGGUGGAGAGACAAGCACCUGAGGCGAUAGCAAACGCUGUGACGGCAACGUGGGUGAUGAUGGAGGCGAUGGCAAUGGCUGUGACAGCAACGUGGGUGAUGGUGGAGGCGAUGGCAACGGCUGUGACGGUGACAAGUGAACUAAGGCCGCCACAAUCAGGGUUUCAAUCUCAAGAAGAGGAGACAUGUUUGGAUAAAAAUCUGGAGGUCCAAUCAAGUCAUUUGCUCAACUUAGUUGUUGAAGAGAUCCAAGGUGAGUUACCUAGUGUAACAAUGAAAAAUCAAGAAAAGGUAAACAUUUUACCCUUGAAGAUUGAAGGACAACUUGGAGAAGUAGAAAUUAUGCCUACAGAAACUAAACAAGAGGAUGUCCCUAAGGAAGAAGAGGAAAAAGCUCAAGUGUCAUUUGAAGUGUUCAAUGGGGAGUCUCCUUUAACCAAAUCUGAUUUUAAUGAUUAUUUUGUUAUUGAUAUGGUUGAUGAGAUUUUGCAGAAAAAUACUUAUGAGGAUCCAUUUGAGAUUUACCUUAUUCAAGCAAAGGAUCCAAUCAAAGAAUACAUAAAUUGCUUGAACACAUCAUCAUCGUCCUUGGAAUCAAAUGGGGCAAUUCUAGAAGAAUUGGGAAAGCACAUCUCCUGGCCUAAAUCCAAACCACCUCAAAAUAGUCAUUGGAGAAAAUCUUAUGGUGGAUUCAACUUAAGGGCAAGGAAGCCAAGAUUUAAGAAAACAAGAGGACAUGCCCUACGACCUGAUCCAAAACCACCUUGGAGUGGUAGAAAGUCUAGUUACUGACUAUAAAUUAAGCGCUUCUUGGAGGCAACCCAAGCAUAAAUUUUUAUUUUCUUUUAUUUCUUUGUCUUUUAUUUUAAUAGUUUAUAUUUUUUUAUUAUUAUUUUUUCUCUUUAUGGCCUAGGUUAAUCCAUAAAUUGUUGUUCUUUGAUUUUGGCUAGGUCAUUGAACAAGUUUGGGAGACAAGACUAUGGAAAUUCACCUGCUAGAAGUCUCCUCUAAAUGAAGACAACUCAACUUC